AUGCCCUCUUCCUGGACACGUUGCGACGUGAAUCCUACGCAGGCUUUGUACGCUCUGGCGCCAGCCUUGGUGGCGGCUGACACGAAAAAGGCUUCCGGAAGUCUCCAGCAGGAAGAGAAUGAGACCAACGAGGAGGACGAAGGCAAACUGGAGAAAACAUGCAUUCUUGGCAGGUGUUAUGCUGUGGUCAAGCUGCCAACCCUUGUGUUAUGGCCAGCCGUCAUUGGUUCUGACGACGAUGAGGAGGAGGAUGACAGCAGCGAGGUACCUCAGAGUUCAAACGCCACGUUGGCUCUGACACAGAUUGCCUCGCAGCCCUCAAGCGUCCGCAGCGAGUCCCCAGGAGGCUCUCCUCCUACAUCUGGUGCGGCAGACACUCUGCCCGCCAACUUCGAUGCGAUCUCCUUCCUAGCAGAGACCGAGACUGCGGAGGAGGCAGCCUCGGCGGCUGAGGCGGAGGCCAUGGUGGCAGAGGCGGCCGCCGUCCGCUCGGCGGCCAGACUCCGAAAGGCGCAGCAGCGCCGCGCCGCUGGCGGCAGUGAGGAGGACCGGCAGAUGGCGGAAACCUCCCUCCAUGCGGCGCAGGUCGCACACAACAUCUCUUGGUCUAUGUAA